AUGGCUCUCAAUGCUGAUCAAUCUAGCCUUAACAACGUGGAUGUUGGUAACAUUAUUGAAUGUGCCAACUGUUCGAGGAAACUCUUUCGUUCAAGAUUUUCAAACAACCAAUUCAAAAAAUUCCAAUCAGAAGUCCUCCAUGCUCGUCGGGGCGGGCCCCCAGCAAAGCUACCAAGAUGCCAUGAGUGCACCGCAGGGAAUGUGAUGGAGUUGAAAUGCACGUCAUGUGGCUAUACAAAAGCAAUUGACUUCUUCUCUGGACAGCAGCGGAGAAACCCCGAUGAAGCUAAAUGUAUCAAUUGUCAACAGGAAAUCCAAGACCGCCUCCCUGGCCUCAAAGAGUCUGCUGAAGAGGAGCAGAUUCGUUUGGAAUUGAGAGCAAACCGUCUCGAUCCGCUGAGUGGGAUGUCAUCGAUUGGGUCCUCUCUUCCCAGUGCUACUGGAUCCAUUGCCCCUUCCCAAGGAGGCUAUCAAAAGUCACUCACAACAGACGGUCGAGUCAGGGUCCCGCGUCAAGCACAAUCAGAAUGGGGUGAUAGUCAACUUUCUCGAGGAUCUUCCUCGUCUGCGGGUAGCGAGUUUCCAGGUCGAUGGGCAAACUCCACCUCAGAGUAUCCGGCGGUCAUCAGCAAUAGAGGCUUCGACAGGGUCGGAGCAUAUAAGCCUCCUGUUUCGGAACGGGCUAGACAUCAACUCGACCGCGAGCAGAUCCAAAAAGCUCAAGCAGAGCUUGGAACACAAGAGGAGUCAGACGCCGACGAAGAUUGGGAGCUUUGA